AUGACGCACGCAUAUUAUGCUGAUGCUAUGAAAAAAACUAAACGGAGGGAAAGAGUAUGGUGCCAAGAGCACCUAAUGCCGGCGCUGUUGGCUGCCAAAGAAAAGCGCGUUCGAGAGAUCGACACCUCCAUCGCGAUGACCAAAGAAUUAUUGGAUAUAUACAACGAACCAGCAGCGAAGCCCAAACCAGUCAUACCGCACAGCGUGGUUCCAAGUGAUGAUAUUAAUCUAAUGAAGCCAAUUGAGCCUGAAGUGUUAAACUUGUUGUAUGGCAGCACGGAAAAGGGGGCUGCAGAAAGAUAUCUGCAUGCUAGGUAUAAGAAAGCCCCAGAAGAUAAGUUCUAUUUCCGACUUGCAACCAGCUUUGACUACGGUUGGCAACAAAAACAAAGCAGAAUGCGAGCUCGUGACGUGAACCACGGCCGCUGUGCAAUUCUGAGAGACACUUUCUACCGCAAGAACAACUUGGCGCCGGACCCGCGGCAUUACUCGCAGCCUGCCGGCGGGGAAACUUCUAUAUGCAGCGAAUAUUCUUGCAACUUUAACUGA